AUGAACGACCCCAUAGGUUCUGCAUCGCGGCCUAUCACGGAAUUCGACUAUGAUGCCGAAGAUAUCCCCCACAUCAUCCAAGCCAUUGGCUAUUCACGAUUCAGUGCGCAGUAUCUUCCUGGCGCGAUCCACCGCCCAAUCGCAUACCCCCCUGACGUCCUCGAUUCGCUGAGACCAUUCCCCGAUUCCAACAGUGGUCCCCGUCCUCGUGGCAGGCUUAUAGGCAGGAUGACGCAAGUAUUCCUAUCAACACCACAGAUUUUGCAGUCAUCCAGAGAGCGAUCACCUCGGGCGAGACGAGUCAGAGGGAUGUUUAGUUUUUACUACUGGAACAUCGGUUAA